AUGUCUUCAACAGCUAGUAGUGAGACUGCAAGCGCCGACGAGCGGUCCGCUUCCCCCGAUGGUUCCGGAGGGCUCAGUGAAGCCAGCAAGAUUGGCCUCGGAGUCGGACUUGGAGUAGGGAUACCACUGCUCUUCGCUGCAGUCGUGUUGCUGUGCAUCAUACAGCGCAGAAGAAGAGGCAACAAGCAGAUGACUGCCAAGUAUUCCCGUCAGGCGCAAUCGGACCUCUCCAUGGUCGAACAAUCGCAAUCAGUACACCCAAAGGCUGGUCGUGCUCUCGAUGCUCCACUGGCGGGAGGCCUGCCGCCUCCAGGGCAGCGAGAGACCGCUGAUCACAGCGGCGAAUACGAUGAGGUUCCGCCAGCACAUCAGCUCCAUCGAAUGUCGCCAAUGCACCGUCUGGCCAGAUUCCAAAAGAAGCUAUCGAGCCUGCAUCUUGGAGCCGAGACCAAGCUGUCGCACCAUUAA